UUGUCAUCCAUCCUGGCCAAAUCCAAAAGGGAAAAUGAAAGAGGGACCAGGAGGAACAGGUCCCAACCAUCUCCCAAGGUUCUUCACUCGGCUUUAACAUCCCAGCACCAGCUGCAGGCGCCAUGGGGGAGUGGGCGUUCCUCGGCUCGCUGCUGGACGCCGUGCAGCUGCAGUCGCCGCUCGUGGGCCGCCUGUGGCUGGUGGUCAUGCUGAUCUUCCGCAUCCUGGUGCUGGCCACGGUGGGCGGCGCCGUGUUCGAGGACGAACAGGAGGAGUUUGUGUGCAACACGCUGCAGCCAGGCUGUCGCCAGACCUGCUACGACCGCGCCUUCCCCGUCUCCCACUACCGCUUCUGGCUGUUCCACAUCCUGCUGCUGUCGGCGCCCCCGGUGCUCUUCGUCAUCUACUCCGUGCACCGCGCCAGCAAGGAGCCGGGCGGCGCGGGCGGCGGGGCGGGGGCCCCGGGGCGCCCGGGGGACCGCCGCGCGCGCCGCUGCUACCUGCUGAGCGUGGCGCUGCGCCUGCUGGCCGAGCUGGCCUUCCUGGCGGGCCAGACGCUGCUCUAUGGCUUCCGCGUGGCCCCGCACUUCGUGUGCGCAGGUCCCCCGUGCCCGCACACCGUGGACUGCUUCGUGAGCCGGCCCACCGAGAAGACCGUCUUCGUGGUCUUCUACUUCGCGGUCGGGCUGCUCUCGGCGCUGCUCAGCGUGGCCGAGCUGGGCCACCUGCUCUGGAAGGGCCGUCCGCGCGCCGGCCGCUGUCGCCAGGCCGCCGAGCGCGACAACCGCUGCAACCGCGCGCGGGAGGAGGCGCAGCAGCUGCUCCAGCCGCCGCCCGCCCUGCCCACGCGGCGCUCGGGCACCGACCCCUACGCCCCGCCCGCUUAUGCGCACGGGGCGCCGGCCGGUGACAGCGAGGGCGGCAGUGGCCGCAGCAAGGCGUCGCUGGCCACCAUCCGCCAGGACCUGGCCAUCUAGAACUGCCUGGGGCGGGAGGUGAGGCCAGAGGCCGGACCCCACCUCCCUGGAGCGAGAAGUGUCUCCUCACCCGCUGUUGGCAGGAUCCCCUGCCAGCAGAUGACACGCAGGGCGCAUCGCAGCACCCACACUUCCCAGCGGAGCUAGGGACAUCGAAUCAACUAAGGCCUGUCCUUGGUGCCCUGAUCCAGACGGAAAGGAAGGAGGCCAGGGAGGCUGAGAGAGGGUGGACCAGAGGAGGGCAGAGUCAGUGGAGAGUGGAGGUUCUGGAGGAGCCCUGAGUGUUGUACUGGCAAGGAAAACAGCUGUGAUACCAGCAUCCCCGGGAGCCUCUCCUUGUUCAGACUGAGGUGGUAGCCUCUGCUGAGGCUCUUUGUGUACAUGCACACUCACGUGUACACACAUUUGAUGUGAGCAUAGGUGCCCUCUCAUGUGUAAAACCUGUGUAAGCACUUUGUGUGUGUGCAUCCAUACAUAUAUAUCCUGUGUGAGCUCUGGAUGUGCACACGUGUGCAUAUGCACAUGUCCGUCUUGUGCAGGCUCUCUGCACACACGCGUGCCUACCCCUGUGUGCGUUCUGCAUCUGUGCGUGCAACAGUGUGCCCUAUGUGAGUUGUGUGUGUGAUCUGUGACAUGCCCUGUGUGGGUGGCCAGGAUCCAGGGCAAGCAGCAGCCAUGGAGGCUCUUCCCUUCCUCAGGAAGAUCUCCCCUCCUGAUCCAGCCCAUGCAGGAGGGGCGCUGGAGGGGAGGCAGUCCUUCACCCUGGGCAGGCCUCAGUCCAGGCACCAUCUGCACUCUCAGCCUUGUGACCUGGGCAAGGUGGCCGGGCCCUUCUUUCAUGAAGACAGAGUGGGGCUGGGGCUGGGGUCAGAGGGCAGGACUUUUUUCUCGCUUCUUCCUCCUCACCCUGCUGCUGUUACCCCAGUCCAUAAACAUCCUCCUGGCCCUGAAUUUUCUUCCUUCAUUUCUUCCCUCACCCCCACCCUCUGGAAAUACAAGGAACUGUCUACAGGGCUGCCUCCUGUUCAUUCCUGUCUCUCCUCUGCCCCCAUCAGCUUCCUCCAUCACCACCCCCAUGGGGAUGCUCUCCAUAAGCAGCCAGCACCUAAGUGAAGGGCUUCUCUGGUGGCUCAGAGGGUAAAGAGUUUGCCUGGAAUGCAGGAGACCUGGGUUCGAUCCCUGAUCAGGAAGAUCCCCUGGAGAAGAGAAUGGCAACCCACUCCAGUAUUCUUGCCUGGAGAAUCCCAUGGACAGCGGAGUCUGGUGGGCUGCAGUCCCUGGGGUUGCAAAGAGUCAGACACUACUGAACAGCUAAUACACACACACACACCCCUAAGUGACAAAUCCAGGGGUCUCCAUCUAACCACACCUCUGGGAAUUCACCAGACUCUGCUGAGCAGGCUGCCAGGGCCCCACUCUGCACAAUUUUCUUCUACAUCCCUGGUCAUUCCCUCUCUGUCCUCCAUUCCUUCAUGCCUCUGCCCCAGCUUUCCUGCCUGGACUGCACACAAGCAGAGGGGAGAGUCUUUCUAAACAGGUCCCCCUGCUUACUCUUUGGGGCUCCCGUGUCCUCAGGGUAAGUCAAGCACCUGAACGAGGCUUCUGAAUCCCCCAUGUCUAGCCCUGUUUCAUCAGGUCUUCUGCAGCCCCUUCACCUCAGCUCCUCCAAAGCUUCCAUGCUCCAAACCUGUCUAAACUUUCUGUUCCUACCAAGUACGGUACCCAGAUUGGCUUCUAAAUGUUUCAACUUGCUCUUCCUUUGCCUGGAGCAGCCUCCCUCUCUGCCGCCCCACCCCUUCCUCUAGCUAACUCCUGCCUGCCUUUUGGUCUCACUUGGGAAGAAAAUGGAUGUCUUCCUGGACAGAUAGACCAACCCCACAAAACCAGAGCUAAGGCCCCAAGGCAGCCCUUCUGUUGGAUGCAUAGCUCUCUCCUCCUCUCAGGCCCACAGUAGGUGCUUGGUAAACUUGUGCUGGGGGGCUUCCCAGGUGGCGCUAAUGGUAGAGAACCGGCCUGCCAAUGCAGGAGACAUAAGAGAUGUGGGAUCCGAUCCCUGGAUCGAGAUGAUCCCCUGGAGGAAGGCAUGGCAACCUUCUUCAGUAUUCUUGCCUGGAGAAUCCCAUGGAAAGGGGAGCCUGGUGGGCUACAGUCCAUAGGGUUGCACAGAGUCAGACACGACUGACGUGACUUAGCACGCACGCACACAAACUUGUGUUGGAGGUGUUCUCCAGGUCCAAGCACUUAUCCACACUCACAGAAUGUGCCGCCAUCUCUCUGCCCCCAGGGUGAGUUCUGUGUCCGCCUCCCAGACCCUUCCGCACAGACUCAGACAUGAAUGUCCAACUGUUUCCCACGUAUAUUCAUUCAACAGAUAUUUUUGAGCGCAUACUAUAUGCCAGGCACUGUUCUACAGAAAGAGGACGCGAGCCAUCUAUGUCAUUCCAAGUUUUCCAUUACUCACAUUAUAAAAUGAAAGGAAACAGGUGAAAUUCAUUUUCGUAAUAUAUUUUGUUUAACCCAAUAAUCUAAAAUAUUAUU